UUUUCUUAGUCCGAGCACUGAAGAGACAUCCCACCUAACUUCAAAUCCUCCGACUACAUAAGCAAGCACAACUGCAACACAUAUUGCUCAAUACACAUAAACAAACUUCGACCACAUCGUCAGUUUGCAAGCACAACACACAGGUUCAGGCAUCUGGGGCGACCUGAGACACACACAUAGCUUCGACACGGCACCGAGCUUAGCAGGAUGGCUGAGGCUAGAGCGAUGACCAGCUGGGCGGGUCGUGUUCUUGUGAUCAUGGUGGUGGAAAUAUGCGUGAUGUUGAGGAGCACGGAGGCGGUGUCGUACACGGUGGGAGGCUCCGCUGGCUGGAGCACUCCGGGGAACGGGGCCUCCUUCUACUCUAGCUGGGCGAGCAGCUACGCCUUCCAUGUCAACGACGUUUUAGUCUUCAACUUCAUCACCGGCCAACACAGCGUCGCCUUCGUCUCGGAGUCGGACUUCAACAGUUGCAACACUGCUUCUCCGAUUGCUCUCUACACUACCUCGCCGGAGGACUACACCCUCAACACCACCGGGACCGUCUACUUCAUAUGCACCCACGACUCUCAUUGCUCGCAGGGCCAGAAGCUGGCCAUCACAGUCGGCACGGCUUCCGGCCCCACCACCAACUCGCCUCCGCCGCCCCCGCCGCCUCCGGGCAAGUCUGGCACGGGUUAUCUGUACGUCUCGGGCCAUGUGGUGCUCGCUUCUAUGGCCAUGUAUUUUCUCGUAAUGUAGCUGGAGCGUCAGGGUGAAUUAACUAGGACUUCUAUUUGUGCGAAUAAGAUUAUUGUCCUAUCGAGUGUCGUGACAUGUACCUACUACGUUUUGUCA